ACCUGAAUCCAAGCAAAAGGUGGAGAGUUGUGUUAAGCUCAGUUAGUAGAUGUGAAAAUUCUGGUCAUUUAAAAGAUAUCUUCUUUGUCAUACAGUAUUUAUUGGUUGAAUUAAAAUUUAUCAAUUGUAAUUUGGUUUAUAUAUCAUUCUCUCAUGAGUGUGGCUAGUAUAACUUUCCAGAGAUCUGUAUAAGCCCUGGGUACAGUGACCAAACAGAGUUUUUUCACCUGUGGAACUGAGCAGAAUUCCUCUGACCCGGGUAAUGACAGUCUGCAUUUCCCAAAGAAAUACUUCUGCCAAAGUUCCCAGAUACCUCCUCCCAAUGAGAUGCUUCCUGCUUACCUAGAGUCUCUGACCUCAGUCAUCUCACUCCCUGUAACAAAGAUCUCGGGAAAAUCCUCCUGCUGUAUCCAAACGUGUAUUACUGAAACUCUCAGGUUGUGAAAAAAGGUUAAGAAAAGGCCCUCCCCAGUCACACCAAGAUUCUGCCCUGCAUGUCUUAACACAAAAGCACCUAGUGUAACACAGCCAUACAAAUUUAAUUCCCAAACCAUGCUAGACAGUUGGGGCAAUUUUAAGGAGGGGGUGGAUACCAUGACAAUUUUGUCUUUGCAACUCUGUCAAAUGUGAACUGUGAGGGUAAAAUGAAAUGUAUUAAGAGAACUGUUCUCUCACCGCUUGUAACAGGUCAUUUUAAUCAGAUGGGACGUUGGCAGUGGCCUGGUAGCCACACCUUAUUAUGUUACAUAGCAUCACACACUUUUUGGAUGGUGAAUUUUAUUAAGGUUGUGUUUAAUGUCAUAGAUCAAAGAGGAAUUAAAGCUACAGUGCCUGUUUUCCUGGAUUCAUUUGUCAUGAAGGACCACAGAGCAGUUUACUUCUCAGCAUAAUGCUGACAUACCACAUUGCAUCUGGUGGUCAUUUUUCCCAGUCUUGAAAGAUGCUGAUUGAAAGAGAAAAGAGAAGCAUACAGUCAGCUCACCCUAUGUCAUGGUCACCUGGAGUAUCACUGGGUGCAGAUGGGAACUCACAAAAGGCACUUCUCUUAACACAAGACAAUCACAACGUUUCAGGUGUGUGUGAGUGUGUGGAUGGGAUGUUGGCUUGAAGUUACAACACUCGCAGAAGUGCAGCGGGUGCUGGCAGUGAAAUGUAAGCUAGCCCUGUAAUAAAAGCUCCUGGGAAUGCAGAGGAUGCCUCGGCAUUAGGCAUUCUCCUCGUGUUUCACAUAAAUGCAUCCUGUUCUCAGGAGCAGACGAGCAGUGCAUUUGCACUGGCUCAUUCAAAUUGAAUGUUGGUAAAAGGAGAGUCCUAAGCAAACAGAACAGUCUGGCAUCUUUGAAGGCAGGAGCAAGGUUAAGCUGUCAGCCGCGUUCUCUGCUGUUUAUUGGAUAUUUAUUUGCUGGCCUCGGUGUGCACCCAAGGUACCCUGCAAAGAGGCACAGAUGGGGCGACUGAUGCCUGCAUGGCACCCAUGCAAUUUUGCCUGGGCUCUUUUGAGCAAUAAAGUUCAAGGCUUUAUUUGUGGCUUCACCUGCUGUCCCCAAGCUUGCCGUGGAUAAUGUUUUGCUGGAAGAGAAAGCUCCUCCGACGAGGCAGUUUGUAUUGUAUUUUUCUUUUGUUCUUCUUUUUCGAGACUGCAGCUUUAACUUUGUCACAGCAAGGGUAAGGAGAGCGAGCCUAUAGAGAGCUUUUUGCAACAUGCUUUUUCAAUUAGUUUUAGCAGGAGCGGAGCAUCACCAGCAGCAGUGCUCACUUGCUCUCUAGUCAUGUGCUAUGAGGAAUAAAGACUCUGUAGGGCAGUGAACCUGAACUUGGCCUAUUCAUCCAUACUGCAUUGAGUGAUUGCAUGGAGUGGAGUCAAAUGCCACUUGGGGGUGAAGAGCACUCAUCAUCUUGCAUUCCUGCUGGAUAUAUUAGGAAGGACCCUUGACAGAAUCCAGUAAUUAAAAGCCACAGAACAAAGUCUUCAGGCUGGCCACCUCCCUCAGGAACCUGGGGCUUGAACCAGGUGCCACCCUAUGGAUGGGAGAUGACGGCAAACAGAGAUGGGCGAGACUACUUCAUCAGUCACAUGACACAAGCAAUCCCAUUUGACGACCCUCGGUUAGAGAGCUGCCAAAUCAUCCCUCCAGCUCCCCGCAAGGUGGAGAUGAGGAGGGACCCUGUGCUGGGAUUUGGCUUUGUGGCAGGGAGUGAAAAGCCAGUGGUUGUUCGCUCGGUAACACCAGGUGGGCCCUCAGAAGGCAAGCUGAUCCCGGGAGAUCAGAUUGUAAUGAUUAAUGAUGAGCCGGUCAGCGCAGCGCCCAGGGAGCGGGUCAUCGACCUAGUCAGAAGCUGCAAAGAAUCGAUACUCCUCACUGUCAUUCAGCCUUACCCUUCUCCCAAAUCAGCAUUUAUCAGUGCUGCAAAAAAGGCAAGAUUAAAGUCCAAUCCGGUCAAAGUGCGCUUCUCUGAGGAAGUCAUCAUCAACGGCCAAGUGUCGGAAACUGUUAAGGACAACUCACUUCUUUUUAUGCCAAAUGUUUUGAAAGUCUAUCUGGAAAAUGGACAGACCAAAUCAUUUCGCUUUGACUGCAGCACCUCCAUAAAGGAUGUCAUCUUAACCCUUCAAGAGAAGCUCUCCAUCAAAGGCAUCGAACACUUCUCCCUCAUGCUGGAGCAGAGGACAGAAGGGGCUGGAACGAAGCUGCUCUUGCUUCAUGAACAGGAGACUCUAACUCAGGUGACACAGAGGCCCAGCUCCCAUAAGAUGAGGUGUCUUUUCCGAAUUAGCUUUGUCCCAAAGGAUCCAAUUGACCUUUUAAGGAGAGAUCCAGUUGCUUUCGAGUAUCUCUAUGUUCAGAGUUGUAACGACGUCGUUCAGGAGCGAUUUGGGCCGGAGCUAAAAUAUGACAUAGCCCUGCGGCUGGCCGCCUUACAAAUGUACAUCGCCACCGUCACCACCAAGCAAACGCAGAAAAUCUCCCUCAAAUACAUCGAAAAAGAAUGGGGAUUAGAGACUUUUCUACCCUCUGCUGUACUGCAAAGCAUGAAAGAGAAGAACAUAAAGAAAGCACUUUCACACCUUGUCAAAGCAAAUCAAAACUUGGUACCACCGGGUAAAAAGCUCUCUGCACUGCAAGCCAAGGUUCAUUAUCUCAAGUUCCUCAGUGACCUGCGAUUGUAUGGAGGCCGUGUGUUCAAGGCAACAUUAGUGCAGGCAGAAAAGCGCUCAGAAGUGACUCUCUUGGUUGGGCCCCGAUAUGGCAUAAGCCACGUCAUAAACACCAAAACCAAUCUGGUGGCACUUUUAGCCGACUUCAGCCAUGUCAACAGAAUCGAAAUGUUCCCUGAGGAGGAAAACUUGGUGAGGGUGGAGCUCCACGUCCUGGAUGUGAAGCCCAUCACGCUCCUGAUGGAGUCCUCAGAUGCCAUGAACCUGGCCUGCUUGACAGCUGGAUACUACAGGCUGCUCGUAGAUUCCAGAAGGUCCAUAUUUAACAUGGCCAACAAGAAAAACACAGCAACCCAGGACACAGGAACUGAAAACAAAGGCAAGCAUAACCUCCUUGGCCCAGAUUGGAACUGUAUACCCCAAAUGACCACCUUUAUUGGCGAAGGGGAACAAGAAGCCCAGAUAACAUACAUAGAUUCCAAACAGAAGGCGGUUGAGAUGACAGAUAGUGCCAUGUGUCCGAAAGAGCACCGGCACUUGUUCAUAGACAGCACCUACAAUUCGGAUGAACUUAGCCAGCCACUGACCCAGCCCGGGGAAGCCCCGUGUGAGGCGGACUACAGAAGUCUCGCGCAGCGGUCCCUGUUGACCCUCUCAGGACCAGAAACUCUGAAGAAAGCACAGGAAUCUCCGAGAGGAGCCAAAGUGUCCUUUAUUUUUGGAGACCUUGCGUUGGAUGAUGGGAUUAGUCCCCCAACUCUCGGCUACGAAACACUGUUAGAUGAGAGUCCAGAAAUGCUGGAGAAGCAGAGGAAUCUCUACAUCGGCAGUGCCAAUGACAUGAAGGGCCUGGAUCUCGCUCCGGACGCGGAGAGCAUCCAAUUCGUGGCAAAUUCUGUUUAUGCAAACAUAGGCGAUGUGAAGAGCUUCCAGGCCACUGAGGGGAUCGAGGAGCCCCUCUUGCAUGACAUCUGCUACGCAGAGAACACCGACGACGCAGAGGAUGAGGAUGAGGUGAGCUGCGAGGAGGACCUCGUGGUGGGGGAGAUGAACCAGCCGGCCAUCCUCAGCCUGUCUGGGUCAAGCGAUGACAUCAUUGACCUCACGUCCCUGCCCCCUCCGGAAGGCGAUGACAACGAGGAUGACUUCCUGUUGCGUUCUUUGAACAUGGCCAUCGCCGCACCUCCACCCGGCUUCAGAGACAGCUCAGAUGAGGAGGACUCUCAGAGCCAGGGAGCUUCAUUCCGCGAGGACAAGGAGCAAGGCAGCAGCCUCCAAAAUGAUGACAUCCCCGUGUCCCUCAUUGACGCUGUGCCCACCAGUGCCGAGGGCAAGUGUGAGAAGGGACUGGAGAGCGCCGUCGUCUCCACGCUGGAAGCUCUAGAAGCUCUAUCUGUUUCCGAAGAACAGCAGACCAGUGACAAUUCAGGUGUGGCCAUCUUGCGGGCUUAUAGUCCCGAGUCUUCGUCAGACUCGGGCAAUGAAACUAACUCUUCUGAAAUGACUGAGAGUUCUGAACUGGCCACAGCACAAAAGCAGUCAGAAAACCUCUCCCGCAUGUUCUUGGCCACUCACGAAGGCUACCACCCCCUUGCAGAAGAGCAGACGGAGUUCCCCGCCUCCAAACCCCCGGCUGGGUCCUUGCCUCCGAAGUCCUCCCACGCCCUGGCUGCUCGGCCGGCCACCGACCUCCCGCCCAAAGUUGUGCCUUCCAAGCAGAUACUUCACUCAGACCACAUGGAGAUGGAGCCUGAAACCAUGGAGACCAAGUCGGUCACUGACUAUUUUAGCAAACUGCACAUGGGGUCGGUGGCGUAUUCCUGCACCAGCAAAAGGAAAAGCAAGCUGGCUGAUGGGGACGGGAAAGCACCCCCUAAUGGAAACAUGCCAGGAAACAAACAGCAGGGGACCAAAACAGCUGAGCUGGAGGAGGACACCGGUGGUAAAUUUGGUACUGUGUCUUCGAGGGACAGCCAACACCUAAGCACUUUUAACCUGGAGAGAACUGCCUUUCGCAAGGACAGCCAAAGAUGGUAUGUGGCCACGGAAGGUGGGGUGGCUGACAAAAGUGGAUUGGAGGCAGCCACGGGGAAAACCUUCCCAAGAGCUUCUGGUCUUGGGCCAAGGGAGGCCGAAGGGAAGGAUGAAGGAGCUCCUGAUGGAGAAGCCAGUGAUGUUUCGGGACUUGGCCAAGGGGACCGCUUCUUAACUGACGUGACCUGUGCAUCUUCAGCCAAAGACUUAGGUAACCCAGAGGAUGCUGACUCAUCCGGCUGCGACCAUCCCUCCAAGCUUCCUGAGGCAGAAGAAAGUGUAGCCCGCCUUUGUGACUACCACUUGGCCAAGCGGAUGUCAUCGCUGCAAAGCGAGGGCCACUUUUCUCUGCAGAGCUCCCAAGGCUCUUCAGUGGAUGCAGGCUGUGGCACCGGCAGCAGCGGCAGUGCCUGCGCCACUCCUGUAGAGUCGCCGCUCUGCCCCUCCAUGGGGAAGCACCUGAUCCCUUCAGAGGAGAGAGCCCCUGGGCUUCCCGGCCACGGAGCCACCUUUAAGGACCUGCACCCACAGACGGAAGGGAUGUGUCCACGGAUGACAGUACCUGCUCUGCACUCAGCCAUUAAUGCCGAACCCCUGUUUGGCACUUUGAGAGAUGGAUGCCAUCGGCUCCCCAAGAUUAAGGAAACCACAGCUUUGACAGAGCCUGGGAAGGAGAGACAAGGAGGCAUGCCUUCAGCUUGGUCUCAACAUCUUGAAGCUGAUCCCAUCCUGCUACCAUCAAACAUUCACUCGGAAUCAAAGGUGCCAAUUCCAAAUCAAGACCCUAAUGAUUUCUCUCAAGCAAACCAGGCAUAUGGAGAGGCUGUGAGCUGGCGGCCACCGGAUCUGAGAGGGGGGAGCCUCAGGGCAACCCCCAGCCAGAGAGCUCUGAAACAUAGCAGCAGUAUCCUCUUAGGAUCUGUAGGUUUGGAGACCUUCCGAGAGAGAACCAGGGGUGCAGUCAGCUUAAAGUGUCCAGGCAUCACAGAAGCACAGGAGGCCAGUUCGGAAAGGCGAGCAGAACUCCCCCUAGGGAAGAAGCUCACCAAAAGUUUUUCCCAAAGCUCAAUGCACUUAAGCUCUGAGGGGAAGUUUCACAAAAGGUCCCCAGUGGCUCAUAAAGACUCAAAGCUCUAUAGGACAUUACCCUUGCGGAAGCUGGAGGGCAGCAAUUGGAGAUGCCGGGGUCCCUUCAGCUACUGCUUCCUGAACCGAGGGCAGGAUGAAGAUGGUGAUGAGGAGGAAGAGGAGGGAGAGGCCACCCGCCAGGUGUCUUGCCUUUAUCGACCACAGAUGACUCAGGCCAUGUCAGAACCAACCAGCCUCUCCCUGGCUGUUGGGAUUCAGAAGCAAGGAGGGGAGCUAUCCAGAGGUUCAGUGCUGAAGGUCUGGACAGAAGACCUGAGUGGCCCAGAUGACUUGGACUUCAGCAACCUGGCUUUUGAUGCCCGGAUUGCAAGAAUAAAUGCCCUAAAGGAGAGCACAUAUGCAAUGCCUGAUGGGUUCCUCGCAGCCCAAAAUGAUGCCAAUGAGCUGCUCUGCCUCGUCAGGGCAACCAAGGAGAGGAGAGAGGAGUCACGCCCUGAGGCGUACGACCUUACACUUUCUCAGUACAAGCAACUGUUAUCCAUCGAGUCCAGACAAUUGGGAAGUGCCUGUAGGAAAAUGGCGAUGGCUGAGAAAAGCCCAGAGGAGAUGCUCCUAGCUAUGACUUCCAGCUUUCAAGUGCUCUGUUGCUUAACAGAAGCUUGCAUGCGAUUAGUUAAAGUCGUGAACUCAGAAACACAGCAGCAGGAAAUUGUAGGGAAGAUCGAUGAAGUGGUCAUAAACUACAUUUGUCUCCUGAAAGCUGCCGAGGCAGCCACUGGAAAGACUGGGGACCCUAAUGUUGGACUCUCGGCGCGACAUUCAACCACCAUGGCCGCUCUCGUAAGCACACUAACACGUUCUCUCAAGAGGCUUUUAAAUAAAUAAAUAUGAAAGUCACGUCAUAAUCUACCUUUGCAAAGCCAUACAUGAACUUUUAUUUACUUUAUGUGUACGAUGAACAGAUGUCUCCUUUCUUCUCUCUGUAUAUUUUGUUAUUUUAUAUAAAAUAGGAGAUAAAAGUCACAUUGAUGAAAUGUUGAAAUGUACUAAUCAGAUGUAUUCUGUUUAUAUUAUGCAUAUAUAUAUACACGUAAAAGAAAUAUCCAAGAAAGUGAUGACAUUUGGCUAUUUUUCAUAUAGUCAAAACUCCAGGUAUAUGAGAUGUGAAAUUUUAAAUUCUAUCGUGUUAGAGCAAAACAAUGAAUCCUUUCCCCUUUCUUUCCAAGCAAAUACUUGGAGACCGUAUCAUUCAUAUUUAGAAGUAAAAAAACAAAACAAAACAAAAAAGAGAAAAGAAAAGAAAUCACAGUGUAUAUAAAACAGUACUUAUGUUUUAAAAUUAUGAUUUUUAAGCAUUGGAAAUAGCAAAAAGACAUUUAAAAUUCAAGAAGCUAUUAUGAAUUAGUAGAGAAUAUAUCUAUAAUAAAUUAAUUUUUUUGCUCAUAGUGUUUGGUUAUAAGAUGCUUUCUUCCAAGAAUCCCACAUAUUUAAUUUGGGUUUAUGCUAUUUGGUCUACAAAUGUGUGGGGGGAUGGAUUCUACUGUGUCAAUACAAAUGCUCUUCACAGUGUUUCUAGAAUUUAAAAACUUCCCAAAUAGAAGAACAGAGGGAAUGAUGGGCAGGUUCCUAGGUAAUACCUAGAGUUAUAGAUUAUCUCAUUACAUAAAAUGUGUUGAAUUAAUAAUAUCCAAACUAGUUAUUUUAUGGAGAGAUCUGCUUUGACUAAAUGUCAAAAAUCUAUGAACCAAAGACAUUAUUUUCCCUCCAUCCCAACUCAACCAUGAAACUUAACAUUCCCUUUAGAGUGACAGAACGUUUAGUAAAGUAUUUGCAAACUUACAAAAAGGAACAUUUAAUAUUAGAUCAUCAAAAUUAGGUACAGACCCAGUAAUGUAGACCAGACCACACACCAGCACCUAUGAGUCACAUCUUAGAUCGCAGCUCUCAGCAUAUGGCUUCAUACAUCACCGCCUCUACAGGGACCAAGGCUGCCAAUCAAGUUUGGAAUUCCAGCCUAAUAUCAGGACAAACUCUCAAAUCUGGGAUGUUGCAGGAAAUCAGGGAGAGAUGGCUACUCUAAUAAUGGAAGCCAUGACUAGAUAAAUAGUAAAGUGUUUAUUAAGAAUAUACUUAUUUGGAUUGGCUGAAUUAAAAAUAUGAAAUCUGAAAAAAAAAAAAAAAAGAAAGAAAGAAAUAGAAGUGG